UCUCAUUUAUAGUAUUCUGUAGGGUUUCGGAAGUACAUGUAUUUCGUUUGGUAGUCGUGUAUAACAGAAAGAGUUCAUAAAAAUCAUUGUGGAAACAAUGCCUUCCGCAGGGUUUUGGGGACUUGGUCGUUCUGCUUCGCUCACGGCAUUGCUCUCUGUAGUCAUAGGAUACUACUGGAUCCGAUCCAACAACAAUUCUGAAGACGUUGGACACACACACUUCACAGGACAAGACAUCGUGUAUCUCCUGCUCACCACCAUCGCUGUAACUCUUGCCGCCUGCUACGCCUGGCUCCGUAUCAACUACCCGAUCUGGUGGAGCGACUUGUUCUACUUCAUAAAGCUCGUCAAAUGGGAUUACUCCAUCAAGAACAAGAUGAGGUCGGGGGAGACUAUCCUCGAUGUCUUUGAUGACCACGUCUUCAAGCAACCCGAGCACCCUUGCAUCCUGUACGAGGAUGAGGUAUACACCUACGCCGAAGUCGACGGCUAUGCUAAUCAGGUGGCCCGCUGGGUGAUGGACACCGAUCCUAGUCUUCAGAAAGGAGAGGCCAUAUGUAUCUUGCUUCACAAUGGUCCGGUGUUUGCCUGGACGUGCAUGGGGCUGAUGAAGGCGGGAAUCGUAGCGAGUCUUCUGAACACCAAUCUUAAAUCAGCCGCCCUCCUGCAUUGCUUGCAGGUCAGCGAGGCUAAGAAAGUCAUCUUUGGGGCCGAACUAUGGCCCGUGAUCAAAGAAAUCCUCCCCGAGCUGAUCGGCCUGAACAUCGAAGCCUGGAUGAUCAAUGAUACCAAGAUGGCGGACCCCACUGUCCCAUCGGAUGUGGUUACCAUGGAUAUAUCGAAGCUCUCAGGUCAACCAUAUUCAAGAGAUGCUCACAAACUCACUGACAUGGCUAUCUUCAUCUUUACGUCGGGGACAACGGGAAUGCCGAAGCCAGUGAACGUGCUCCAUCGGAAAAUCAUCCGAGCGACCUACCUCCACUUCUUCUCCUACCUGACCCCCGAUGAUGUGUAUUACAUCGCUCUACCAAUGUACCACUCCGCCGCUCUGCUCCAGGGCACCUUCUCAAUAUGGUAUUACGGGUUCGAAUCUCUGUCAAUGUACCACUCUGCCGCUCUGCUACAGGGCACCUUCUCAAUAUGGUAUUACGGAGGAACCGUUGCCAUAGCAAAGAAGUUCUCUGCAUCACGUUUUUGGGAUGAUAUCAGAAAGUAUAGAGCUACGGGAUUCCAUUACAUCGGUGAGCUGUGUCGAUAUCUUCUCGCCCAGCCUAAGAAACCAGACGACGGGGUUUACCCGCGCAAGAUCCGGGUCUCUCAGGGCAACGGUUUGCGUCCGGAGAUUUGGCGGGAAUUUCAAGAGCGGUUUCAAGUUGGCAAGAUCUUCGAGAUCUAUGCAGCUACCGAGGGGAACUUCGGUUUCAUCAACAUCGACGGCAAAGUGGGCACCGUGGGCAGAUAUCCGUGGUUCAUGAAGAACGCCAUUGAUACUCUGGAGAUCGUCGACUAUGAUUACGCGAGUGGCGAACCCAAGCGAGGAGCUGAUGGAUUCUGUAUUCAGCUCCCAAAAGGUGAGACAGGUCUGGCGUUGACCAAGAUCAGCAAAGAUAAUCCAUACACCGGUUACAAAGGCUCCGAGGAAAAAACCCUGCAGAAGAUUGUGAGCAGUGUCAAGAGAGGUGGCGACAUGUACUUCAAUACUGGUGAUCUCCUUAGAUUAGAUGAAGAUGGCUAUGUGUAUUUCAAGGACCGCGUCGGCGAUACGUUCAGAUGGAAAGGAGAAAACGUCUCUACCAUGGAAGUAUCCCAGGCUCUAAGCAAAUUUCCCGCCAUCUUGGAAGCAAAUGUCUAUGGCGUGAAAAUUCCAGGUCAAGACGGUCGAGCGGACAUGGCAGCAGUGGUCAUCAGAGAAGGUCACCAAUUCGAUUGUGCAGAGCUCUUUAUUCACGUGACCUACUUUCUUCCGGGUUACGCCUGUCCGAAGUUUAUCCGCGUCGUGGACCAAAUGGACAUCACGGGCACCUUCAAACACAAGAAGACCAAGCUGGUCGAACAAGGAUUUGACAUCGGAGUCAUCGAAGACACGAUGUACGUCAUCGAUGUCAAACAAAAGACUUAUGCGCUGCUGACAGGCGAGCACGUGAAAAAGAUUCACGAAGGACUACUGAAAUUCUAGCUGUGCACUUAAACUAAGUGAAUAUAGGCCUAGUAAUAACAUUAUAUAAUAAUAAUAAAUAUAGUGGGUUCCUGUAUAGCGCCGCUCAUGUCUGUCAAACUCGACAAUCCUAACGCUCCACACUAUUGUUAUUAGGGACUUUAGAUUCUGCACGACGAGAACGUGGA